AUGGGUAAAGAUAAAGGUGCGCAACGCACCAAGAACAAUGCCAGGCCGUCAAGCAGUGGGCGCAGUGCAGAGAUGCUGGGUACUGCCCCCAUCAACCCAUUCAUGAGCUUCACCACUCUGAAGGAAAGCAUGGGCGUGGAUGAGCAAAUGGCUGACUCUCAUCUCGAUCCCAACUUCCAAGUUGUUCUCAAGAAAAUGAAUAAAAAAGAUGGAGUAACUAAACUUAAAGCUUUACAAGAAUUUUCCCAGCUUUGUAGUUCCUCUGAACCAGACCAGGUGGUUGCAAUUUUACCAUUUUGGCCUAGACUGUAUUCCCUACUCUCCCUGGAUGUCGAGCAUCGAGUGAGGGAAGCUGCACAUAUAGCCCACCGUUCAGUUGUUUCGAAAGUAAAGCGCAACAUUGCACCAUACUUAAAGCAACUGGCAGGACCCUGGUUUGUUGCUCAGUGUGAUACUUACGCUCCUGCAGCAUCUGCUGCCACAAUGGCCUUUAAUGAAGCUUUUCCUCCCAACAAGCUCUCUGAAGCUAUUGCAUUUUGUCAAGAAGAAAUCUUGAACUAUAUCUAUGAAAACCUGGUUGUGCACACUCCUCAAACUUUGUGUAAUCCUAAAACGAUGACUCCAGAAGAAAUAGAGUCUAAAUACAUUCGUACUGUGAUAAGUAGUCUUCAGGGAUAUGGGCUCUAUUUGUCACGGCUAACUGCUGAACAGUUAGAGGCUGCCAAAGAACUGAACCUAAAGCUAGUUUCAGACUCAAAAUUCUGGAAAUUCAGCAAGCAUCAGUUUCCACAAGUGAGGAGUGCAUGGUUCAGUGCAUUGUCUGCCCUAUGUCAACAUUCAAAGUUCUUGGUGGCAGGGGAGGAAAAGCGGAUAGGCCAGGCUGUUUUCGGCUCCCUUGAUGAAAGUGAUGCUACUGUUCUUCCUGUUGUAUGGGAAGCUGCCCUAGUUUCUUUGGUAGCCAUGGAUGGGCUUUUAGAGGUAGUUUCUUUUGAGAAGCUUGUUCUACCAAAAUUGUUGAGAGUGUGUAGAGAAGGUGGCAGAGGGUCUGCUGCUGCAAUAUUCCCAUCCCUCCUUCCAUUUCUGAGCAAGAUGCCAAGCAACAUUGUGAAAGAUACUCACACUUUUCACAACAAAUUUUUCAGCAGCAUAAGAGAAGGGUUUUCUCAACGAAGUGUUCAGCUUAGCUCUUCUGAAAGUAAAGCUGUUUCUAAAGCUUUUGUGGAAUGUCUUCAAUAUGUAAUUCAGUUAAAUCAGGAUGAGGUUUUCGGUCUGGAGCUACUACAACAGCACUUGCUUCCGUGUUUGAAGGAAACUCUCCUUAUUGUAAGACGUGGACAUACGAGUGAUUCUCUCUACUCCAGUGUCUCCAAAUUACUUCAUUCAUGGGGUCGCUGUUCAGAGGGCUCUCUUCAAAGGAAGUUAUUGCAUGCCUUCUGCUCUGAUUUAUCAGUUGCACUACAAACCAUGGCUGUGGGUGAAGAACAGUUAGUGGUUUGUCCAGUAGAUAGUCAAGAUUCAUCUCAGGAACCUGAAACUGAAGAAAAUAAAGACACUGUAUCUCCAAAGCAAGUGCAGGCUGCAUUGAAAGACAUCUUAAAGUCCCAGGUGGAUUUCAUCUCAUCCAUGUUGCAGAGACAGGGCCAAGGCCGUUCUUUUAAAGUUAAAUUUGCUGAUUUGAAAGUUCAAGGUGCUGAAGAGGAAAUCAGUACAUCAGACAGCCAAACAGUAUCUAGUGAAGUCACUCAUUGUGAAUUUCUUGCUCUUGGAAAAGCAUUAUGCUGUUGCUACAUGCAGUCAGUUGUGAAAUCAGAAUCUGCUGAUUAUUUACCUCCACUAGUAUCUCUUGUAAAAUUGCUUAAUACUUCCUCAAUUUAUGCUGACAUGGCACAGUCUGUCAAUCUCGCCAAAAAAGAAAAUCUCUUCUCAGAACAUUUUAUAAAAUGGUUGAAACCUCAUAGCAUCCUUUUUUGCCGUGCUGCUGUGUCUCUUAGUAUUCCUCUUUUAAAUCAGUUACCAGCAGAGCAACAAAACCUUCUAUUUGAUGAGUUGUUGAAGGAUGGUGUGGAUGUAAACCAAUUAUCAUGGAUUUUGGAAGAGAGUAACAUGUGUAAUGGUGCAGCCUCUCUGUGGCUUCAUAGUCCACAUUUGUCUGAGGUUUUAAGGACACUAACUGAACAGGCUUGUUCAUCUGAAAAUAUUGUUGUAACUUGGGAUCUGUUGCUGUCUGGAUGUGGUAUAGGAGCUAAUGAAGAUCACAUUUUUUGCAAUUCUGCAUUAGAUGAGAUUAUUAGAGUGAUUGUGACUAACUUGAAUGACAUGUGGCAUUCAAGCUCUGUACUCCCUCCAUGGACUGGAGCAGCUUCAAAAAUUGUAACCAAAAUUUACUCAGAACAGAGAUCUUUCCUUCGUACUUCAUCCUCAUCACAGCAAGCCCUUUGUUUGGCAUUCGAGAUCUGUUUGUGGGAUUCCACUCAUUCUGCUGAUGUGGAAGCAUUAUCCAAACUGUGGAAGAGUGGCACAAGAGCUUUGGUCCGUAUGCAUGGACAUUCUAGUUCAACUAUUCUUCAAUUAUCUGCAUCUUUAGUUGAUGUUGUUUUAACUUUAUUGUAUGGAAAGCCUCUGCAUCCCAAAAGUGUCCUUGGUCACGCUGCCUCACAACUGGCUGAGUUUGUGGAGAUUGUAACUGACAGUUUCUCUGAUGUAGAUGGAGACUGUGAGAGGAAGACAGUCUGCUCUCAAUUGUUAACAGCUUUAUUUUCCAAUAGCCCUGAUGACAGUGAGGGCAGUGAUAACAAAUCCUCAGGCCUCAGGAGUAUUUCUGUGCUACAUCGACAAGGUCUUGAGUCCCUAGCUGAUUGUGUUGAACCCUUCCAUUCAGGCAUUGAUAGCUCUCAAACAAUACCGCAGAGUUCACUGACUGAACUUGUUGGUGCUGGGUAUUGGAAUGCAAUUGUGGCAUCUGUAUUGAGCAAGUUAAGUUCAGUAUCAUCAUUCGAAAACUUUUAUGAUGGCGAAGAUGAAACUUUUUUCUCAUGGGAUGUCUUUCUAGACAUGUUUAUUCUCUUCUGCGAUGUCAGAUACAUUGCACUUCAUUUCUCCACUACUGAGCUUGGAAGUGCUCUCCAUCAGCUCACUAAAGAUUCCGAGGACUCAAUAAAAAAAAUAAUCUCCACCCUCCAACCAACACGAGCAGAAAAAGUUCACGAUCUUCUUUUGGCAGGGUCUGAAAAGAAAGCUGCAUAUGAAAGGGCUCACAAAAUGUGGCAUGACAAUGCAUUCAGUUCUUCAGAAAUAUGUGUUUCAAUAACACCUGCUAGUCGUAAAUCUGUUGAAGAUGAUUGUCUCCGGGACAUUGACUUGUCUCCACUUGAUGCAUUUUCUGAAAAGCUGCUUGCCACAAGUCUUCUUAGUAAAGUGACAUUGGCAAAGGCAGUGUUUUGGCUUGAUGCUGUGUACAAACUCCAUAUCCGCUUCAAUGAGCGACUUGUUAGUAAUAUCACUAUUGACACCUGUGCCGUUGCAGUGGUGCAUGAUACUAUCCGAGUUAUGAAAUUUUUGAACGCAGUAGUUUCUCGUGCACCUCAACUUUUAGCUGGUUCCAAUUGGGAUCAAGUAUUGAUUGCCAUUGCAACAUGGAUUCAUUGUGCUUAUGAAACUAUCAUGGAGAAGCCUGUUGACCAAGGAAAUUCUUCUCGACUCUCAAGAAAGGUCUGUGCUUUCCUUCAAGGAGUUUGCAAGUUGUUUGUGACCUUCAAUGUGAAUCUUCAAAAACUGCAAAGUGGUAGCAUUGAAUUGACUGAUGCACAGCGAGGUUCUUUGAAAGAGACGCUUCCCAGGGAAUGGAGGGACGUAUUUGCAGGAGAGUGUGAGCACAAAAUUCUUGCAAUGUGGACUGAUAUUGUUGAAAACAUCAAGCCCUCAGAAGAAUCUCCACCCCUUAUAGCUGUACUAGAUGGGCUUGGGCAGGCACUUCAGCAUUCAACUAUAGCUUUCCUCCAACCCUCUAAGGAUGCAGAAGUGGUUUAUGAACCCCUGCUUAAAUUUGCACCCCAUUUCCUUCUACACAACCUGGGCUCUGUCAGACUCACUGCAUAUCAUCUACUCAUGAAGAUUGUUCCUUAUAUGGUCAAAAGAGAUGCAGCAAGUUUAGCAGAUUUAGCGGAAGGAGAAGAAGGUAAAGAGUGCAUGAAAUCUGAAGACCGCAUCAGCCUCUUACAUUUUGAAGAUAUUCUGGCUUCUUCACAAACUGUUGUUUCUACUGUUCUAAGUGAAUUCAAGUUGGGAACUUCUUGCACUGUUCAACCCUUCACUGAUUCAUACACAUACACUUCAGGGUACUUGCUUGUGUGGUCCUUAAUGCUGGAAAUGUGCAAAGAAGCUGAAACUGAGUUGAAGAGUCAGUAUGCAAUCUGGUUAAAAAAUGCGUCAGAAAAUUAUGUAGAGUCUUUGCUAAACAGUGUCUUUCGAUUACUGCCACAAGAGGCGUUUGAUGAAAAAUUAAAAAUUACUCUGGAUUGCUUUACAAAACAGCCAAACUUGUCAUUUGGAGGUUGCUGGAGUAGUGUCUUGGUGUCUCAUAUGGCUUGCAGUGUGCUGUAUGGUGCACUGAGCUGCUUACCUGCUCUGGCUCGUCAAUGGUGGACUAACACAGAACCUAAAUUAGCUACAAUUAUUGAUCGUGUUGUCUCACAACACAUUAGCCCCUCCAUAUGUGCUGCAGAAAUGUCAGCUGUCGCUAAAAUGCAGGACAAGGCUGUUGAGAACAUGGCUGUCCGUGUUCAUUCAAAUGUACGUGAAGUAGUAGCUACAUAUACUGUUGAUGACUUGACAAUGGAGUUAGUAGUUCGCUUACCCACAAAUCACCCUCUGACCCCAAUGAUUGUGGAGAUUGGCAAGAGAAAUGCAGCAGCCGCUGUUCGCUGGCGACAGUGGUUGAUGCAACUUACUAUGUUCCUCACUCACCAGAAUGGGACUCUAUGGGAUGGUUUGGCGUUGUGGAGAAAUAAUGUUGUGCGCAAAUAUGAAGGUGUGGAGGAGUGUUACAUCUGCUUCUGUGUGCUAUCUGGAUCAAAUUUCCAGUUGCCCAAGCUGUCUUGCCGUACUUGCCGCAAAAAAUUCCAUUCAACAUGCUUAUACAAGUGGUUCCAAACAAGCAACAAAUCCACCUGCCCAAUUUGCCGCAAUUUAUUCUAGAUCAAAUGAUUUUAUAAAAUCUAACAGAUGUAAAUGGAAUCAUUUGGUAAAAGAAAAAUCUGUGUUGUUACCUGUUGAUUCGUUUGUAAGUAAAGUUGUCCUAUAUUCUGUCAA